GAACGAACCCAGAGAAACCACAUCUCCCCAAGAUCAGUUGAAGCAAGGGAACCUUCGGAGCAAGAAAUUGUAUUAGUUAACGAACCAGAAAUUCCCCGCGGAAUGUGGAAAUUGGCAAAAAUAAAAGAAAUCAAGAGAGGAAAUGCCACAUGGAAAACUAUCAAUAGGCCAGUGAAUAUGUUAUAUCCUCUAGAAGUUGAUGACAACGAAACUAUUCAACAGCCAACUCCGGAAAUCCCAAUUCAGAAUUCAGAACCGGAGGAACCGAUUGCUACAAGAACUAGAAGGGCCACACGGAAACGAGAUGGAACUCGACCAAUUUUUAUGUCAAUAACGAAUUGUUUAUUUUUAAUAUCGCUGAUUUUCAUAACCACAAAAAUUGAGAAGGACACGACUUGUAACUUUUCCAAACCAUAUCUCAUGAACGGGGAUAUUAUUAUCGAUGAAGGAGUCGAUAAAUGGCAAACAAAAAAUGCAAUGAACUCAGAUUCCAAGGAUCAGUUAAUUAUGAAAGAAAUAAACGACGAAGAAAAUAAAUCAA